UUUUUGAAGAGUCAGCGCCUAGGAUCCUCUUCUGCAGUGGCAGUGCGCCGUGUGGAGCAACAUCAUGUUCUACGACAAUCGUGUGAACCUCAAGGAGAGCCGAGACUACUCGUUUCUGACUACAUCCAAGGCGUCAAAAGCUGACAGGGAAGAUGGGGCCUCAGAGGACAGGAAUGGUGGUGCUGGUCGCAGCAGUCAGAGUAGGGGUGCAACCACAGGAGGCUGGGGUGGGUUUUUUGGUUCGAAGCCAGAGAAGAGCGCUGCAGAAAGGCUGGCGGAGUUGCAGAAGAUGCGGGAACAAGCUGAACAGGAGAAAGCUCGGAGAGAGUUGGAAAGGAUAAGGGCCGACCGGAUUGCAGCAUCCAAGAAGGCCUCUGUUAGCGCCGCCUCCUCGGGGACUUCCCAGCGGUCGGGUGGUUCUAGCGCAGGCUCCAAGAAAAGCGAUGCGAUGCAGAAGAUCCAGGAGCUGGAGAAACACACUCGAGCCCAAGCGCUCAAGCAGGCCCGUGACUUCUCCGACCUCCUUGGGAACGGGGAGCCUGCAAAGCCGCGUGCUUCUGAUCCGGGAGGGGCGUUUGCUAGUGCAAAAAGGUCGUUGGAAACGUUGAAGCAAAAGGUCGACGACUAUUCCGAGUCCAUUCGGCGAAGAAAUCCUGAGACCGUUUCAAAAGCCCCAAAGGUCGCUGUCCAGCCCCCCAAAGCUCCGGUCACUCCAAAACAUAGCGUAUACAAAGACGGGAGGCAGAAAGGGGACCAGAGAGCACCAAGAGAGGCUGACCGUAAGCCCGGUUACAAGGAGCCCCCGUCGAAGGGGGGCCUGGCCAUAUCCAGCCUCGCUACGAUCACACCGGAAGGUGCGCUGGUUGCGAAUUCGGGCAUUUCGUUGGAGGAUGCCAAGCGGCUGAAGCAAGGGGCGAAGCUGCUUGGUAUGAAGCUGUACUUCGAGAAAGAGGACAAGCAGCGGUUGAAGGAGGAGAAAGCGGCACAGGAACGGAGGGCGGCGGGGAAAGGCGGGGCUGCUUCCGGGCGGCCAGCAAACGGGAGCGGUUUGGGUGCAAAGAGCGAGGGCAGUGCAAACGGGGGGAUGCCGAGGAGCUUGGACGAGGAGCGGCGAAGGGGGGGGGGUUUGUCCGGACUCAGCACCGCAGCGCCACGGAAGUCAGAAGGGGGACUAGCGCAGAGUGGACGGCCUGGGGUUGGGGGACAUGCGCGCGAGAAAGCUGGGGGCAACGCGCACAGGAACGGGAGCAGCGGGCACGAUCGGGCCCCUGGGGGGGGCGGGAGGAGGGAGGCGUUUCCGCCGUUUAGAGGGCCGGUGAAGAGGAAGCGUCCGGAGGAGGAAAUGGAGGAUGCGGACAGUUUCUUGGACGAGGGCGAGGAGGAGGACGAGGAGGGGCCGUCUCAGGAGGCGGUCUCGUCCAUGAUCCGGAAGAUGUUCAGGUAUAAUCCUCACAAGUACGUCGCGGAUGAUCGCGACGAUCCCAUGAUGGAGGUGGGCUUCAAGCGGAUGCAGGCGGAGGAAGCGCGCAGUGCACGCAUCGCUCGCGAGGAGGACGAGCGGGAGGCAGAGAGGCUUGAACUUGAAGAAAGACGAAGAGAGGAGAAGAGGAGAAAGAAAACAGCUUCAAAAGGGAAGUUUGUUGACGAUUGACGAGGCCAGUGUUCCACCCUGACCGUUUAACAACGUUAUGUAGAUAUGCAAGUGAGAAGUAACGGUAUGUGACCCUCUUGCGUGCUUCUCGGGAUGAAGAAGCUGAGUGAUCGAAGUUCUCCCUACGCUGUUCUGCCUUAUCCGAAACGCGAG